UCACUAUUAAUGGUGGACACCUUACGAGGGCUGUCCCCAAUCAAACCAGCACGCGCUACCUCUCUUCAUCUCUCUGCGAACUAAACCUCCAAAACCUCUCCCAUGGCGACCGCCGGCGAUCUCUCCGCCUUACUCAAAAUCUCUCUCUCAGUCCUCGCCUCUUUACUCUACUCCUAUUUCAUAUCCUCAAAGCUCCCAAAAGGCCUCCCAAGGCUCCUCUCUCUCCUCCCAAUCCUCUACCUGUUCACUCUCCUCCCUCUCCUCGUCUCCUCCAUUUUAUUCGCUGGCAUCGUCGCCUCCUUCAUCACUUGGCUCGCUUCCUUCAAACUCCUCCUCUUCUCCUUCGAUUUAGGCCCUUUAGUUUCAGAACCACCAUUUUCAUUUCCUCUGUUCGCCUCACUCGUUUGUUUCCCAGUCAGAAUGAAGCAAAAUCAGCCAAACCCAGUUCCUGAAAAUCCUCCAAAACCUAUUGAUUCUCCUAAAUUACCUCUCAAUCUGCCGACGAAAGUGCUUUUAUUCGCCAUCUUGACCGUCGCCGACGAAGCUCUGCCCCGUUAUUUGAAGCUCUGUUACCAUUGUGCGGCUCUGUAUUUUUUCAUCGACGUUGUUGUGGGUUUUUUCAAUACGAUUGUGAGAUGGAGUUUUGGAAUUGAGCUCGAAGAGCCGUCCAACGAGCCGUAUUUAGCUACCUCGCUUCAGGAUUUUUGGGGGAGGAGGUGGAAUAUAUUGGUUUCAAAUAUUUUGAAAUUGACUGUUUUUUUGCCAGUUAGGUCCGCCAUGAUCAGUAGGACGGGGCGGCGGCGGUCGGCGGCUGUAGCGGUGUUUGCGGUGUUUGUAGUGUCGGGAUUGAUGCACGAGCUGUUGUUUUAUUAUGUCAACCGAGUGGCUCCGAGUUGGGAGGUUACUGCGUUUUUUGUGCUUCAAGGGAUUUGUGUGUUGGUGGAAUUUCAGUUGAAGACGGCAGUGGGGGACAAGUUCCGGCUACAUUGGGCGGUUUCUUUGCCGUUUACGUUGGGGUUUACGGUAACCACCGCCUCGUGGCUGUUCUUUCCGCCGGUAUUGAGGAAUGGGACGGUGGUCGGACUUAUUCGGGAAUGCAGGGCGGGGCUGGAGUUGGCGAUUGUUCCGGUCAUGUCCGUCUUUAGAAGACCGUCUUAAGAGGUAGCACGAGAGUAUCCAAUGGCCGUAUUGAGAUUGAUAAGUGCCACCAAUCUAUUGCAUGUUACUUAAUAGUUUGUUUGUCUUUGAAACUGAAACUUUAUGAUGAUUUAUAGACUGAAACUUUAAUGCACUCUUGUUGUUGAUUUAUAAUUGCAAUGUGGUUGUUGAUAAGAACAUUAAUGAAACAUGCGUGAUUUGACACAGUUGAUGGUGGAGUUAGAGUGUGAAGCAAGUUGUUUGAUUUU